CAAAUACUGUACGGAAGUCGAGGAGACCAAGACUUUUCACGAGUCAUCAUCAGUUUCAUUUCUCUCCCCCACUUUUCACACCGCCCGCGGUCGCUCGCCGAUCCUCUCUUUUAAAUGCUCGUCUCGGACGGGAUUGAUUCACAGGUGUUAAAAAGCUGCUCGUUUCUUCGUACUUGCUCUCUCAAUCACUCGUUGCUUGAAAUUCUCAGACACAUUCGUCCUCUUCGACGGGAAAGUAAGAGGGUGCGGGACUGGCCAUGGACUCUAGAAAAGGUGCGAAGGCUGGUUCGAAAGGUGGAGACCAUCCCGGGGUCAUUUCAAUCAGUUGAGCAAUACCUUGCUUCUUAUACCUUUCCUUUGCUUGAGGAAACACGAGCCAGUCUCUGUUCAAGUAUGCAGGAUGUAUCUAAGCUGCCUUUCGCGAAAGUCGCUGGGUUUGUUAAAGGCAAGAAGAAUGCUUACCAUGUGGAAGUGGAUUCCUGGAAAAACAGGUCCACUGACCGUGGCAAGGAACCUUACAAAACUUUGCCUGGGGAUGUUUUGAUGUUAACUAAUGCUAAACCGGAUACCAUUCCCAGCUUAGAAAGGUUUGCAGGAAGAUGGGCAUUUGCAUCGGUCGCUGAAAUUGCAGGAGAUGCUGACGGAAAUGCUCAAACAUCAACAAAGUUCAGAGUCAAUGCAUUUUUGGACAAUGAAGUGAAUGAUCAUCGUACCUGGGAGUCAAUGUAUGCAGUUUUUUUGAUAAAUGCAGUCACGAACAAUAGGAUAUGGAAUGUGCUACACAGAUUUGGGAACUCGAAAGUUGUAAGGGAAGUUCUCUGUACGGAUUUGGCGGCUGAGAAAGAUUGCAAUCUCUGCAUUACUCAAAGUCAUGACUCUGGGCAUGAGAGUCUCGAUAAGAACUUGUUUGGUAGUCUGAAUGAAUCCCAGGCAAAAGCUGUUCUAUCUUGUCUUGAUACAAUCAAGUGUCAGCACAGGUUGGCCAUGGAAAUGAUACAGGGUCCUCCAGGGACAGGGAAGACCAAAACUGUCGCGGCACUGCUCUUUACUCUCUUGAAAAGGAAACACAGAACCCUUGUUUGUGCUCCAACAAAUGUUGCCAUCAAGGAAUUGGCAUCUCGUGUUUUGCAGCUGGUGAAACAAUCGGUUUCCACAAACUCUCAUGGGGAACUCUUGCUCUAUAACGUAGGAGACAUGCUAUGUUUUGGGAACAAGGAUCGGAUGAAAGUAAAUUCAGAUAUGGAGGAAAUAUUCUUGGAUCAUCGCGUUGAUUGUGUUGUGCAGUGCUUUUCUGCACUCACUGGUUGGCAGCAUUGUCUACCUUCCAUGAUUGAUACUCUCAAUGACUGUGUCCGCCAAUACCACAUUUUUCUGGAGAAUGAACGCCAGAUUAUAUCAAAGCCUAAUGGUAAUGAUGUUGCAAGCAAACGUAGGAGCGGCAAAAAGGAAUCCAAACCUAAAUUUAAAUCAUUUCUGGAAUUUUUCAAACACAGAUUCAAGUCAAGUGCAGAUUCUCUUCGAAGAUGCCUCUCUAUCAUAUGCACCCAUAUAUCCAAAAGUUACCUUUUGGAUCAUAAUUUCCGUUAUAUUAAUUCCCUUCUCAUCUUACUCGAUUCUUUUGAAGUUUCACUAUGUAGAGAGAAGUUGGAUUCUAGACAGUUGGAGGAAGCAUUUUCAAUGGACCCAUCUUCAUUAAAAACUCUCACAGAUCCACUAUAUACAGCAUUAUUGAUGAAGAGACGUGAAUGCCUCUCUGUUUUGCAGACUCUUGACACAUCUCUUAGAAAGCUAAACCUUGCAAAAUUUACGUGUAAGAGCAAGAUAGCUGAGAUCUGUUAUCAAGCGGCUUCCUUGAUUUUCUGCACUGCCUCCAGCUCAUAUAAGCUCUACUCCAUGGGAAUGAAGCCUGUCAGUUUAUUGGUGAUUGAUGAGGCUGCGCAGUUGAAAGAAUGUGAGUCAAUGAUUCCACUACAACUUCGCGGUGUCAGGCAUGCAAUUUUAGUUGGAGAUGAAUGUCAGUUGCCUGCAAUGGUUGAGAGCAAGCUUUCUAGCAAGGCUGGCUUUGGAAGGAGUCUAUUUGAAAGGUUGGUUUCUCUGGGUCGUCCGAGGCACCUUCUCAAUAUCCAGUACAGAAUGCAUCCUGCGAUAAGUCGAUUUCCAACAUCAACCUUUUACAAAAAUCAAAUUCGAAAUGGGCCGAAUGUUACCAGCGAAAGCUACAAAAAAUGUUAUUUGCCGUCGCCGAUGUUUGGCCCCUACUCCUUCAUAAAUAUUUCUAAUGGAAGCGAAGAAGGUGGGGAUGAUGGACAUAGCCUUAGAAACCAUGUUGAGGUAGGAGUCGUCUCGAUGAUUUUGAGGAAUCUAUACGGAGCAUGCAAAUCUUCAGGCGAAGAUCUAAGUGUUGGCGUGAUAUCUCCAUAUAGUGCUCAGGUUGCUGCAAUACAAAAGAAUAUUGGCAAAAGAUAUGAAAAUAUCAAAGGCUUUACAGCGAAAGUGAGGUCAGUGGAUGGGUUCCAAGGGGGUGAAGAAGACAUCAUAAUAGUAUCCACCGUGAGAUCAAACCCUCGUGGUUUUAUUGGGUUCGUUUCUGAUACUAAGAGAACCAAUGUCACUAUCACCAGGGCAAGAUACUCUCUUUGGAUUUUGGGAAACGAGAGAACACUGACGAGAAGUAAAUCUGUAUGGGGAGCAUUGGUUCAUGAUGCUAAGAGCCGCGGAUGUUUCUUCAGCAUAGAUGAUGUUAAAGCCGCUUUGGAUGGGAAGAAUAAUCAGCUUGAUGAUCCGGUCGAUCGAAGUAGUGUACUAUCUAGAAAUGCGCGGCGGAGGGCCAAGUGCUCUAGUGAUGCUAAGAGCCGACAAUGUUCCUCCAGUACUGAUGAAGUGAAAGCCAUUUUGGAUGGGAAGAAUAAUCAGCCUGAUGAUCCGGUCGCUGGAAGUAGUGUACUAUCUAGAAAUGCACGGCAGAGGGCAAAGCGCUUUAGUGAUGCUAAGAGCCGAGAAUGUUCGUCCAGUACCGAUGAAGUUAAAGCCAUUUUGGAUGGGAAGAAUAAUCAGCUUGAUGAUCCGGUCGAUGGAAGUAGUCUACUAUCUAGAAAUGCGUGGGCGAGGGCCAAGUGCUUUAGUGAUGCUAAGAGCCAACAAUGUUCCUCCAGUACGGAUGAAGUUAAAGCCAUUUUGGAUGGGAAGAAUAAUCAGCUUGAUGAUCCGGUCGAUGGAAGUAGUCUACUAUCUAGAAAUGCGUGGGCGAGGGCCAAGUGCUUUAGUGAUGCUAAGAGCCAACAAUGUUCCUCCAGUACGGAUGAAGUUAAAGCCAUUUUGGAUGGGAAGAAUAAUCAGCUUGAUGAUCCGGUCGAUGGAAGUCGUCUACUAUCUAGAAAUGCGUGGGCGAGGGCCAGGUGCAUUAGUGAUGCUAAGAGCCAACAAUGUUCCUCCAGUACUGAUGGAGUUCAAGCCAUUUUGGAUGGGAAGAAAGAGAAUAUUCGGCUCGAUGAUCCGCUUGGUGGAAAUAGUGACCUAUUUAGAAAUGCACGGUGGAGGGUUUUCUUCGGGGACAACUUCGUGAAGUCUUUCAGAAAGCUGACGUCACAUAGGACCAAGAUGUCAAUCAUGAACCUCAUAUCAAAACUUGCCAGUGGCUGGAGACCUAAGAAGAGCGAUGUGGGUUUACUCCCUAAAAGCUCUUCUCCUAUGGUGAAGCAAUUCGAGGUUGAAGGUCUCUACGUGCUGUGCACUGUCGAUAUACUUAAGGAACUUAGAUACAUUCAAAUCUUGAAGAUUUGGGAUGUAUUGCCCUUAAGGGAUGCGAUGAUAGUGGUGGAACAUCUCAACAGUGAGUUCAAAGAAUAUGCGGACGAUUUCAUUAGUCGCUGCAACGAGAAAUGUCUUGAGGGGGAUCAGGAAGUUCCAAAGACAUGGGAUUGUCCUCAUGGCAUUGCUUGUUUCCGUAGUCUGGAUCAUGUUCAAGCUGGAAGCAGUUUCGGCGCCAAUACUUCAGAUCUGGGAGGGAGAGAGAGCCUGCUUUCAAUGAGAUUCCACCCCUCAUCAUCAGGUGUAGUCAGUAACUUGUUAUCGGAGGACCACGAUAACGAAUUGAAUCUCCCAUCUGAAGUAACCGAGCUAGGUCAAGAGAAGAAUUCCCUGCGCUUGUUAUCGGAGGACCACGAUAGCAAAUUGAAUCAUGCAUCUGAAGUAACCGAGCCAGAUCAAGAGAAGAAUUCCGUGAAAUCUCUCUUCGGUGGGCUUCUGAGUUCCCUCUUCAGAGGGUUUCGUAUUUGAGUCACACAUGCUGUUCCUUCUUCACAGGGAGCUUUUGACAGAAUCAGAGGGGGAGGAGUUGAUUGAUGCUUGUAUCAGGAAGGAAAAUGCCAUUUCUUUGCAAGGAACUUUUGGUUCGGCCGGAAUUUCUGUGCCCAUGCCGGGUAUCUUCGAGUAGGCAUGGAACUUGUCAACUAUGUAUCUUCUGCUGGUUUUGUGUUUGUGUACAGUUGGUUGAUUAAUUCGCACAGAAGUUUGGAUCAGGUGUCCACAGCUACGAAGUGAAAAUUCAUCUCCAGACAUGACUAAGAUUGCCUUCAUACUUGGGAUGUCGCUUUCUGUCUUUGCAUGCUAUACUUUGUGCAGGGUCGCGCACAAGAAUGUAAAUGACUUUCUUUGAUAAUUUUUGCGUUAUAAUGACAUAAAACGAAUGGUUUUUGCUA